AUGGUGGUCCCAAGGACAUUCAGAUCGCCUUCCGUCCGGCCCUGCGCCCUCGAGGCGCACUUGUGGAGCCGCUUGCCGCUGUCUUUCCGCUGGCGUGGCUCUGCCCGGGCCACAGCAUGCAUCCGGGCGAAACAGUUGCAACUGGGGCAGGAGGUGGAUAUUGAGCGGGUCCUCAUCACGCAGGGCGAGAUAUCAGAGCAGGUCGAGGCAUUGGGAAGGCAACUGGCUGAUGAUUAUUGUGACAAACGUCCACUGUUUAUUGGGUAUUCCUGA